AACCACCAAAUACAUCGCUGAACACUCGCUCAGGCUAACGGAUAUAGAGCAGCAGCUACAGGACUACACCCUGAAGACUAUGGGGCGCGUCGGCCUGAUGAUGGGGGCGCCUGAGGUCCUCCAGCUCACGGCCAACCUCAUCAGGGCCAUCGGCGGCAAGAGGGUGCUGGACAUCGGCAUGUUCACGGGCAGCAGCGCCCUCUCCGCGGCCCUGGCCCUGCCUGACGACGGACAGGUCUACGGCUUCGACAUCAGCGAGGAAUACGUCAAACACGGCUACCCAUUCUUCGAGAAGGCCGGAGUGAAGGAGAAGAUCAAGAUCCACUUCGGCCCCGCGAUGGACAACCUCCAGAAGCUCGUGGACGAUGGACAGUCAGGAACUUUUGACUUCGCCUUCAUCGACGCCGACAAGGAAAACUAUUGGGGCUACUACGAGCUGUGCCUGCUGCUUGUUAGGAGGGGAGGCAUCAUUGCGGUGGACAAUACAUUGUGGAGUGGCAGGGUGUUCGACACAUCACACACAGAUGAGUGCACGGUUGCCAUCAGGGAGUUCAACGAUAAAGUGCACCGCGAUUCCCGCGUACGCGUUUCAUUCCUGCCCAUAGGAGAUGGCCUCAGUCUCCUCUUCGUGCAGUGAAGAAAUAAUUAUUUACUGUGACGUAAAAAUGGGAUAAAACAUAAA